GCCCUUCAGUGCAAGUUAAAAGUUGCGAGAGCAGAGAGUUAGCCUCUGAAGUGACAUGCUGACAUACCGAGCAGUACCCGCCUUCCCCGGCUUGUACAAAUAAGAGGCAGCAAGCUUUAGCAGCUGAGGCCAGCAUCUGCCCGAAUGUGUGAUCGCGGGGAGGGCCAGGGGGGGAGAUGCUUUUAAAAACCUUCACUCACCCAUCACGUUCACCUCACUCAAUAAAAGGAAAGUUUCUGGGGGAGGAUCGGCCGUGCUCCCGGGGCAGCAUGGCGGCUUGUGGCGUUCAGCUUGUGUACAGUGAUCGCAUCAUCCAAGAUCAAGGGGCUUUAUGAUCCUGCGAUCCCACUCGCCACACUUUCUGCAGACUUUACUCGCGCCAAGACUGUGUGUUAAAUCACAAGCAACAAGUCGGAUGGAAGGCACGAUGCAGGCAAACGCCGGGCUGCUGUGGGUUGUUGUGAGUAUAGCUGUACAAAGCGUAGGCUCCAAAGUGAAUAAUCUCCGAGACACGGGACACUGUGAACUUCCCAAGUCGCAAAUGGAAAUGAAUUCGUUCCUCUGGACGGUCCGCCGGCAGCCCCCCGCUUAUUUAUUUGGGACCAUUCAUGUGCCCUACACCAGGGUUUGGGAUUUCGUGGCUGACAACUGCAAAAGGGCCUUCCAGCACAGCAACAGCGUAUACUUCGAGCUGGAUCUCACCGACCCUUACACGAUCUCGGCCCUCACCAGCUGUCAGAUGCUGCCCCACGGCGAGAACCUCCAGGACGUGUUGCCCAGGGAGCUGUACCGCAGGCUCAAGCGGCAUCUGGACUACGUGAAGGUGAUGAUGCCUCUGUGGAUGACCCCGGAUCAGAGGGGCAAGGGGCUGUACGCGGAUUACCUGUUCAAUGCCAUCGCCGGCAACUGGGAGAGGAAGCGGCCCGUGUGGGUGAUGCUGAUGGUGAACUCGUUAACCGAGGCGGACAUCAGGUCUAGAGGGGUCCCGGUCCUCGACCUCUACCUGGCUCAGGAGGCUGAGAGGAUGAAGAAGAGGACGGGAGCGGUGGAGCGGGUGGAGGAGCAGUGCCACCCGCUCAAUGGGCUCAACUUCUCCCAGGUUCUCUUUGCUUUAAACCAAACUCUUCUGCAACAUGAGAGCCUCCGAGCAGGCAGCCUGCAGGCCCCUUACACAACAGAGGACCUCAUCAAGCACUACAACUGUGGGGACUUGAAUGCUGUCAUCUUCAAUCAUGACACAUCUCAACUGCCUAACUUUAUCAACACCACCCUCCCGCCGCACGAGCAGGUGACAGCUCAGGAGAUAGACAACUAUUUUCGCCAGGAGUUAAUCUACAAGAGGAAUGAAAGAAUGGGCAAAAGGGUGACAGAACUUCUGGAGGCAAACCCAGAUAAAAGCUUUUUCUUUGCAUUUGGAGCAGGUCAUUUCCUUGGGAACAACACUGUGAUUGAUGUUCUAAGGCAAGCAGGCUAUGAAGUUGAACACACUCCUGCAGGACAGCCAUUUGAACAGAUAAGGACACAGAAGACUGGCUCUUCAGGCGGUUCUUCACUUCCAUCAACCUCUUUUACAUCCAUUGGUGAAUCAUCUGAAGAUUCCCUGCCAGCUCCUUCCCUUUCUUCUCCAACAGACGACUUUGACGACGACAUAAUUUCGACGCACCUCUUGAUGCCCGACAGUCUUAGUCAACUGGAAGAAUUUGGUCGCCAGAAGAAGCCGCAGAAGAAGCUGCCCAAACAGCAGAGGCAACGGCAGUUCAGUGAUCUGUGGGUUCGCAUAGAAGAGAGCACAACGGUCGUGCCAUCCAAUAUCAGGAUUAUCAACGGCUACAUCACGGUGGAGCCUGCACAUGAACCAUCACAGCAACAUAGGCAGCAUCCCAUCCUCAACUCAACUGCAGUGGUCACAGUCCCAUCAGCAACUCUACUUCUCUCUGGGAUGGCCAGCUUGUUCUGGAGUCUAUUGUGGCCCUCCUGACCCCCUGCACAUACGAUCUUGACCCGCACCCAGUUCUUUUAAUUUAAGAGGAGAAAAACGUUAAAAAAUAUUUCUGGCAUUAGCUGAUGAAGCUUCUCGCAGUUACACACAGGAAGUGCCUUUGCCCUAUGCUCAGUAGACCUUCGAGACCUAAUUGCACCGGGUCCAUCAGGUUCUCUGUGAUGUCAGAAGAGAAUAUUAUGAGAUUCUGAAGCUUAAAUAGCCACAACGUGACAGCAUCUUCUUUUUGUAGAAGGGUUUUUUCCCAUGGUGAUAUGGGGCAUUGUAAAUUUACUUUUGAAAAUGUAUAUGUUCAUAUGAAUGAUGUAUAUUUAUUCCCCUUCAAUGUUAAGUUUUGUUGUGUAUAUAACUCCAUAAUCUAUGAGAAGUUCAAUGUUUUACUACAGUCUAACCAGACAAGAUUAAUUUUCUACCAAAGGUCACCUAUUAGAUGAGAGAUGUAUUAAAAAGUGCCUCCUCACCAGCCCUGAUUGACCUUAAUUUUGUUUUAAAGAUUCCAUUGAUUAUUCAUUAUACCCACCUCUGAAGAAAUUUGAACUGGGCUUGGAACUGAAAAUUCUUUUAAUGCAGGAAUUGAGAAAGAACUAUUGGAUGUUUCAUUACAGAAGCUCAGAUAGUCAAUUCAUAGCUGAACUAAUCCCAACUGGUGCUCUGUGGUCAUACUCAACUAGAUUAGUUGCAUCACAAAGAUGAGAUCACAAUUUACAGGCAAUAAGAUACAUCAAUAUUUCUGGUUUAUCAUCCAAAGCACCAAUGCUUGUGUCAGACAACUUGUAAAACUAUUUCAUUUACUGACUUGAAUCCACACUAUAUAUGAAAGAAUGAUUGGAUUUCCAUAUUUCCUAUGGUUCUGAACUUCCAUUUUAUUUAGCACCUUUAAUCUGUUCAGGAUUUUCUAACAUGCUGUUCAGCCAAUGAGCUAUGUUUAAAAUAUAAUUGUUAUAGCUGAACUGAGAACUGCAGCAAAUAAUUUGUGUGCAGGACUGGACCCAUAACGGACACUAAGAAAAACAACUGGUAAAUCUGAUGGUUGAAUGAUCAAUGCCACGAGCGAAACAUGGAAAACCACGACUUGAAAUUUUGCCCCAGACCCCUUAUAAAUAGGGAAAUGGGGCUUUGGUUUAAUGUCCCAUUUGAAAGGGGGCACCAUUAGCAAUGCAGAACCUCCUCAGUGUAGCAAUAAAAUAUCUGCCUAUAUUCUGGACUUUAGGCUGUUUAAAGUUUGGAAUCUUGAAAUGGCUGUCUCUCGGAUUACCUUCUGUAGAUUCUGACAUGUUUUGUGGAUAAAUGCAUUUGACAGUUGCGAUACAGGUAGCUGUAAAGUCUAGAUUUCAUCUGAACUGAUCUCAGAAGCGAUCUCAGAAGAGACACCAACAAUGAAAAGAUUGGUCAAGCCUUCUGGUGGCAUUCAGUGUUUCUUGCUGGAGAGCGGUUGCAGUCUAUUACAGGGUUAUGGAGUUGGGAAGUAUUUGAAUUCACAGAUGAAAAAGAUUCAAUAGGAGGGAGGUCUCAGAGAGAAGUUGGUUCUUGUGAAAACAUUAUCCAACCUGACCCCAUGCAGCAUCUUUAGGAGGUACGGUCUGCCUAGACUAUUGUGCUUUAUUACCACAAGUGUGCAGAUGAGAAAUUCGAUCCACCAAGUCUAGAAACACCAUUGCUGGGAUCAUUAGCGACCUGUUCCUGCAGAAAAGAACCAGCAGCGUUAGGCUGCUUGGCAUACCAGUCU